AGCAGUUAUUUAAUUAAUUUAGAUGGUAUACUCUAGAACUUGAUUGUAUAUUUGUUAAUUAACAUAAAUUAAUGUUUUUUAAAAAGAAAAUUACUGAAUUGUGUUACUGCAAUGUACAAAUUUAAAUGUUAUACAUAUAAAUUUUGUUCGGUGUACAUGGUUCAAAUAAAAGUGUUUAUUCUGAUUUCAUAGAUUUCAUAAAAUAACAACUGUAUCCGUCAACGGACUUUAUUUGUAUUUUAUUGUGUUGUAUGUCGGACAUAGGUACACAGUUGAUGCAGUUGUUACAAUAUGUAUCGACUAAUCAAUUUACAUUUGUGGUCAUAUUAUUUUCAUAGGGCUUACAAUGGACAAUUUACGAGAGAAAAUAAAAUCUUCAGGGUUUGGCUGAAUUCAAAUACUCAUAAUUAAAAAUCGAAGCCAAAAAAUAACACGGAUCCAAAGCACGCGUGUUUUUUCCUUUGAGAAUCCUGAUAAGUUUAUUAUUUACAUAUCAUUAUUAUACAUCAUACUCGUCUUUCCCGCUACACGGCAUUGGGUGUUUUAACGUCAUAUUCGAUUUCAUUUGGUUAAUGUCAUUACUAAAGCUACAUUAUUGCAAUAUUCUAUAUAUUCCACGAGUGUAUCAAUUUUCUAAAAAGUUGUUUUUUCAUGUUAAUUGAGCCACGGGAUCUCUAUUUUUUUAUAUUGUGACGCAUUUAUAGUUUCUCAAUCGAUGUACCGGUUUCAUGCGUACGCUUGAGUUUUAUCAUUCCGUUAUUAUAUUUAUUAUACAUUUAUAACAAUAUGGAUUAUAUUAUUGUGUACACUAUACUGCUAGACGAUUAUUCGGACUAUGUAUACAAUAUACGUUGUACCUACAUAAUAUAAGUGCCUACCGUCGCCUCUGUGCAGCGUAAUGCUUAUGUAGAUGCAAGAAUUCCCGUUACCUGUUAGUCGUGCGAACGUGUUCUAAGCUCGCGUGCGUGUUCUUUGCGGCCGUGACGAUUUUUUUCAUUGUUUGCUUAUCAAAAUAAUAAUAAUAAAAAAAGAAAAAACAGUAACAAAAGACCCUUUUUUUCCGCUAAAAAUGAAAUAGUUAUGAGAUAUGUCAAAGACGUUCAGGGUUGCGCGUAGUGGAAAAUUUAUAAUUAUAUAUAUACAUAUAUAGUACAUACGUACACCGCAUACCUACAUUGCUAUGCCAUACAUUCUAUAUUGCAUGUACAUUGAAAACGUAUAUAGGUUCUCGUAUUUAUAUACAUUUUUGGCUUGAGAUUGGUAAGUUGGUAGUUUAUCUAUUUCCCUUUGAUCUGCCAGCAUGUUGUACCACAAAACACUAUUUGAGAAAGAGUUCUGUGUUUAGACUAGAUUUGGUUUUUAGGUCUCAUGGACACUUCAUUAUAAUUGUUGCAAUCCUGCAUAAUAUUCGACGUAUUUCUUCUUGUUUAUUUGUUUACAUAGUUAAAUGAGUAGAUUGUAGUGUUUGGGUGUGUAUACCACCUAACCACUUUGAGUAUGUGUAAGGAAUUCGAGAUGAGGGGAGAAAUUCCCUGGUAAAACAAAUUGUCUAAUAACCGCUUAAUUUUGAAACAGUAUUGAUUUGUGCGUUUAUGUAUGAUAAAUGUAUUUAAUUAUUUUAGCCUGUAUUAUGAUAUUGGACUAAAAGAAAAUCACAAUGUCUUAAUUUUAUAAACUUUUUAAUAUUAAUUAGUCAGUUGGCUUUAUCAUAAUCUCAUGUUGAUAAUAAUAAUAGUUUUGUAUUAUGAUAUUUUUCCUUGAAAACUUGAUUCAAUACUGCAGUUAAUGAAUUAUAGGCUUAUGUAUGACUAAUAAUGAGCUACUAUAUGUAGAUAUAUAUGAUUCAAAGGUUCCGAAUCUGAUACUGAUUGCACGCAUUUUACCAUUACAAGUAUGUAUGCUUUUUAAUCGGGUUAUAAUUUAUCCGUGUACCCAUUGUUUUUCAAUGCAUGUGUAAUCGUUUUCUUAUUAUUGUUUCAAGGAAUAGACAUUCGUUUUGAUAAAUAGUAAUUUAAAAAAUAAAGUUUAAUGAUAUAAAAGAUUUUCUAAGCUGAGUGCAAGCAUAUUUUUAUAAACAUUUUCCAUGUAUCCAUUAAUUUUAUUUUGUUAUAUACUGAAUUUGACAACGAUGCAUAAUAUAUUUUUUGAUAUCAAACUAUCCAAACGCGGCUCGUAUUAUAUAUUCUUUUGCGGUUGUCCGGUAGUUCUGUAACUCAUGAAGCACAUUACUCGUCACAAAAAAAAAAAACGAAAACGAAACGAAAAAAAAAUUAAAAUUAUUACUACCGGUCAUUAAUUUUUGUUUAAAAACUAUCUACAUGGAAAAUCACACAGUGUUGGAUCGUCAUCAUCGUCCACGUGACUUGACCCUGCCAUAAUUCACUGACAUUAAUGUGCUUUGCAUACGUAUGCGUGACGCACCUCCGUCGCCAGUGUUGUUUACUGCCCUUCCCGGUUUGGCUUUCCCCGCGCUGCUCGUCGCCACGUCGCAUUGCUAUAAAUUUUGUUCCCUCGACCUCGUGACGCAACGAUUCAUCUCUUGCGUUGAAAACUCGUCGCGUAUUUUUCCUCGCAUACUGGGAAAACGUCGAAAUGAGGAACGACAGGACGGCCGUACACCGAGACGACGAUGUGUGCUGCUACGCGCUUCUGACUUACCUUUAUACUUGACUGAUCUAUUUCGAGUGGAUAUCAUAUUAUAUUAUUAUGUAUAUGCGUAUUGAAGAAUAUCACGUUGUUCGUGACUGACGACUUUGUAGUUGUAGUAGUAGUAGAAGUAGCAGCAGCAGCAGCAGCUUAGGCUAGCGGGUCGGUGGGUGGAUGGCUGCGUCGAGAGAAAAACGUUCAAAAGCAUUGGCAAUUCGUGCACGCGGGCGGUACCGGUACACAAACACCGACCGUGCACAAUAUUCGCUGCCAUCGGUCGUCUAUAUUUACUUUGCCAUAAGUCUCACGAGAUAGAAUAUUUAAAGAUAUUUACGCCGGAUAUGGGUAUUGGAUAUUGGAUAUGUGUACUUUCCCGGUGUUUGUGUACGCAAAUUUUGUAUAGAGUUUUGGAUUUUUUUCAUAUUUUAUUUCGCGUGGAUGACUAAAAAACUAUUAUCGUUGCAUGUAUGAAAUCCAUUUCGAUAUAUCUUUCUCCGAAAUCGUUCCUUGUUGACAACGGCACACGUUCUGGAGAAAACGAUACCUCUGCUACAUGUAAUGCUCAAGCAUACUAUAUAUUUAAUAAUAAUAUAUAUUGAUGUCCGUUUGUUGUUGGUUCGAUUGUGUCUAUACUUUGUUCUUUUAUUCGGAAGUGUGUCCGUGAUGCGAUUAUAAUGUUGUCUGUAGUGGUUUUGGCGGAGAGAGGGGGGAGAGAUGGGUUGUAGACAAAAUACAUUUUGUUGUUGUUCCGGGACAUAACGCUCAGAGUGCUUUUCGCACGGAUGACUGAUAAGUGAUAUUUCCUUCGAACCGUUGACCUCAAGUACUCUAUAUAAAAGAAUAAAAAAAUAUAAAAAGAAAAAUCUAUUAAUUAAUAUCUCAUUUCAUUACGAACAGAUGAGUUCGCUCACUUUAAACGCAAUAAUAUAGACUUGCGUCGGUUUUCUGUAAUAAAUUAAUUUAAAGAAAUUGAGUAAAAACUGAUUAUAUGGAAUUUGAAUAUUAUGUACAGACUAAUACUCUAUAACAAGCGUAUGGAUUACGGAUAGAAAAAUAAAUUUAUGUUAUCAUGUGCAUGUGAAUUUAGUAUUAUAUUUUAUUCAUUUGAAUCUAUAAAAUAACGUUAAAAAAUAAAUAUCCAAUACAACAUAUUUAAUAUGAAUUAAAAAUUAAGCGGGGGAUCAUUUUGGUAGUACCUACAUAUAUAUAUAUAUAUAUGUAUACCGAAUAUAAUAUUAUUAAGUUUUUACCAAUUUGCAAUUUUCAUAGUGAAAAGUAGUAUUUUCCUUCUUCAAAAUAUUAUAGUUAGCAUAUUUUGCAGUUUAUAAAGUUACGUUUUCCUUGAAGCGUCCGGACGCGGCGUCGAACGCUGUACUAUAAACUUAUGUAUUUUGAAUGUGACGCGGCCAGUAUAGAACGUCCAGACGUUAAUGAUCUUUUUCAUUCUAUAUGUUUACAUAGGUAUACAAAUUGUAAAUUGCACUCAUUAGAAAAAUAUAAAUGCUCACUGCACGCGCGCGUUUAUCUAACAAAAACAAGUGUACUGAUAUAGCUGAGUGUUGGGUAUUUCUAAUUAAACCAUUUACAAUUACUAUCUAAAAAAUAUUUUGUUCUCACCUAUAUACAAUAUGGUAAAACUUACAAAAUGUUCUGUAAAUAUAACCAAAUAUAUUAGUAAAACUAUUCAAUUACGUUCUGUACCUGAUACCUAUUGCUCUGAGUAGAUAAUACAAUUCAUUUAGUCGUAGAAACAUAAAUAAUUUUGUUACUUUAUCGUAAUAAGUACAAUUCAACAAAUUGUUUGUUAAUUCGACAAAAUUGUUUAAUAAGAAUGAUAUAAAUAAAAGUAUUACAAUUAAUACAUUUAUGUUGUAGAUUCAAAACAUUGAUUUAAAUAACUGUUUUGUUGAAUACCAUUUGAUUAUUUUUUCCGUGUAAGUAAUUGUGGUGUAACUCGACGUACCUCCAGUAAUGUUUAUUUCUUAAAACUUCGCGCGUCAUCUCCUGUGUUUUAUACAAUUUUCAUGAGGUUCGCCGGUUGUUGUUUCACUUACUUGCAUAAGACGUCCGUGGAUUAAAAGUAAAUACCUUUGUAUAUACGGGAAGUAUACAAAAUUAUUUACUUAAAAAUUUAAAUUAUUUAUAUUUUAAAACUAUAACUGCCGGAAGAGUUAUAUUUUAUUAAUUAUUAUUUGUUAUGUAAGUACUUUGUAAAACUUGAUAUUUUAUACAGAAAAAAAAAUCUGAUGUUUUUACAAUAUUUCAGUUGUUUUUUAAAGAACUAAAUUUCCUUUAUGACAUAAUAAUAUGACAUUAUUUAUUCCAUCGAAUAUUCCCUUUACUGUAGUGCGCUUAUGUGAUAGCCCAAAAAUAUAAUAAAAGUCAUUUUUCUUGUGAUAAAAUUUAUUUAUUGUCAUCGUGUAAUUUAUAAAAUUAAUUUGUCACGUAUGGAAUUAGAAAAUAAUUUUUGAUGGUUAUCAUAACCUAUAAGCAUAAAUCACCCUUAUGUAUUUUUAUUCUAAAUACUACGUGCAUUUAGUGCCCUUUGUGUAUUCUCGAAAAUCAUAAUGCCGUUGGAUAAAGUAAAUUAAAAAAGGUUCAUUGGCAACACGAAUUUAACCUAAUUACUAGAGUCAAAUGAUUAAAUCUGCCAAUAACUUUUCUGUAAAGCGACGCGAGGGUGAAAUCUCAAAUUUUUAUGGACGCUGUUAAAUGGGGUUAUUUUUUAUACUCACCCCUCUUAAAGUCUUCUUAUUAAGACCAGCUUUGGGUGUUUCUUUUGUGUAUUCAAGACGUUUUUACGAUGGCUUUUAAAAAUGUAUAUUAACUGUGGUAUCCCAGAUUUAAUUUGAUUACUAGAAGGUAAAAACUUGCUGUUUGGAGGAGAGUAAUGAGCCACUGUAAAAUGGAUAGCUAUUUAUUUUGAAAAAUAAAAAGUUACAAUAUAAUAACUGUAGUCAAGCUGAGAAAUAAAGCUUCGUUGAAAAUCUAUAUGUCAUAGAAAUGCCUCAAAUGAAAUUAAAUUGUAGUAAUUUAUUUAGAAACGGUUCACCAUAUAAUAUUGUUGAGAAGACUUGGUGUAAUGACUCGUUUUAAAAAUUGCACUUAAUGACGAUUCGAGAUAGAUAUACUGUGUUAAAGCAUUUAUAGCUUGAUAUAAUUAAAGUAAAUUUGUUUUAAUUGCUUUACCGUCGUUACCUCAUCGUAUUAAGAUUUAUCUUGUGGCAGAUUAACGAUAAAGUAUAGUAUUAUUUAUGCAUAUAUUUCAAUGAUGAGUGUGCAUCAGUUAUUAUUAAUUAUAUACAAUAUCGUCGUUUUUAAUUUUUCUUUGUAUUGAGAAUUUAAUACGUAUACAAUUACGAGGUUUUUAAUUUGAAUAUUGUUAUAAAUUUUGCAUUCUAAAGUAACUGUUAAUUGUGAAUAAAAACCCUUCACUGUGAUCGGUGAUGAACAGCAGUUGUAGUCAGUGGCGUGUUGUUAUUUUUCACACAUUUGCAUAUUCACAUAGCAUGAAAUACGUUCUAUACACGUCGCGUACAAUACAGAGUAAUAUUUUUAUUCCGCUGUCAUGUUUAAACGUACAUACUCGUCAUCGUUGCAGCGUACCAGUCAGGGGGACAAAUUAAGUAAUUAUUUAUAAUACCUAUUAACGUAAUGCGUAAUUUUUUUCGGACAUCCGAUUGUCUCUUCGUGUAAUGUUUGAAUCUAAAACUAAACCAACUGAGUAUUAUGUGCCAUGUAUUUAAAAUGUUUAAAACCUACGUAAGCCUGAACGAGCCUUAGGAUUUAAUUUUUACCGUACCAUUCAACUGUGUUUUGUAUUAUUAUUAUUAUUAUUAUUAUUAUUUUUACUAUCAUCAUAAUUAUUAUUAUACAAUAUACAUGGUAGACAUCCCAACGUCCGUCGGACGCUUAUCCAUGGGUUGUUUCACAAAACAGUGGGAAUUUCCUAGCGCGAUCGUCCGACGACUGCGACGGGAAUCCGUAUGGCCGGUUGCGAUUGGACGUCGACCCGGCCGUGGCGGUGCGCGCAUGCGCCGCCUCAUUUUCCUCGCGGGUGAUGUGCGGGCGCUUCUUCCCACCUAGCGCGAACGCCGUUGCCGCCGCCGCGCCGCCUGCCUUCCUAUAUUGUGUCCGUCGACGACGACGCGCGCGCGGCGAAACGCACACGCGGCCGCUGCCGUCGCUUCUAUCCGCGCGCACGCACACGCAUCAGUGUUGGUGCGACAGUCUUAUUAUACGGACACCGUCGUCGACCGUGUUCGGACCGUAUUCGUCAUUUCAAUAUCAAUCCGGGCGGUUGUCGUGUCUGCAUUUAUAUUUUAUGAAUUUUAUAAAAACUUUUUUUUUUAUUUUUCGUAAAAAAAUAUUUUUCGCGACGUUUUUGUACAAUACCACGAUUUAAAAUUUAAAAUUUAAUUUUUAUCAUACGCUUGUUGGUACCAUCAUGGUCGAAAUUCGGCGGUGCAAUUAGCGGCACUUGACCAUCUGUCGACCGCCAAUAUUCCAUCGUCGACGCCAUGGUGGUACUGGAAAACCCGAUGCCGGAUCCUCUGGCCACCGGCGUCGGUCUGGUGCAGGAUGCCGCGGCCACCACCCCGUUAACCGUGGACACGACCGGUGCCGUGGCGCCGCAACACCACCAAUCGUCCGUCGGUGGUUGUCUGUCUGCCACGUACCCGAUACCCACGACCGCUGCGGCGGCCGCGGCCGCGGCCGGUCAAAGGCACCAUUUGAAAAUGGUGCCCAAACGGUUCAUCAACAUGCACCAGUGGUUCAACCCGAUCGGCGUCAAGCAGAUCAAAGAGGCCAUGGUAUGUGAGUGAUGCUCGUUUAUAAAUCAAAGCUUAUAAAGUACUUUUGUUGUAAGUAAUUUUAAAAUUUAUGGUAAAAUCUCAACUAUCUAAUAGGUACAUAAAAGAAUUUUAAUAUGGUUUACCUGUUUCAAAACUUAAUUUACUUCAAUGCGAUGUCCGGAACUAAUUAAAAUUACUUACCAAACCAAUUAUGUAUCUAUGGGAAGGGUUGAAAAUUAUUAUGUAUAUGCGUGUGUGUGUGUGUGUGUGUGUGUGUUGAUUGUGCUUCUCCUCUUCCCUAGCCUAUAGAAAAAUGUAAUUAAAUCUCCAGCAGUGAUACCAUUGUGGUAAUUCAAGUGGGAAGAGGUCACCCAGGCAAUAAUUCGAUUUGUGCUGUUAAUCGUACAUGGGGCUAAGUGUAAAUCUGAAUCAUAGAAGGCUCAACUCCCGGCUGUAAUAGUUUUGUUGUCAAUGCAUUUAGAAUGCUGUUGAAAUCCAAAUAAAAUAAAACCUUAAAAUUAUAAUUAGGUCAAAUAAAUAAAAAUAUAUUUUAUUAAAAGUAUAUUUAAUAUUGAUGGCUAUUUUUUGCAUCGAAAUAUUAAAUAUUCUUUUGGAUUAAAACAUACGAUACUUACAAUAUAUUAUUAUCUAUAAAUUAUUUAUAAUAAUGGAUAUUUACUUUGUAAUCGAGUAGUAUAUUGUCAUGUACGUCUUAGAUAAAUACGUGUCGUUUUGCAUCUAUUUGAAAUAUUAAAGCACAUUUCAAUGAAAAACUAACUGAAAUAAAUAAAUUAAUGAUUUCUAUGAUAUCGUACAUUUAUUUAUUACAAGGCUCGCGUAUUUUAUUAAGUUGUAGUAUCUAAGAAAUAAAUUGCUAGAUUCUGUUGCGAUCCAGAGUUCAAUAUCAUUUUAUUUUCCCAAUAUUUUCUCUAUUGAUACGUAAAGGUGUUGUCGGAUGAUAUGCUUAGCGCUUCAGCGGUCAAAGAAAAAUCCACAAAAAUUCUAUCAAAAGAGCAAAAGGUUAACACUGCCGGGUUUUGAUCGGAUUAUGUUCAUUUUAUAUAACUUUGAGCUAAAGCACUUAACUAUUCCUCUCGAGGCUUAUAAUCGCAUUAAUGGCUGUCGAUUAUUUUAUAAAUCAUCUUCAAAUUUCAACAUUUUUAUUUGUCUCCCCUGCGAAAAGUUUUCAAGUGCCAUACUCUUGUUAUGCAACGUUUAUACAUCAUAAUGGUGUAUUGUUGAUUAAAUCAAAACGGGUUGUCUUACAAUUAUAAUAUAAUUAUAACUAUAAUUCGCAGUUUCCUGUUUUAAAAAUGUUUAAUAAAUAAGGGAGUGUAGUAAAUACUAGGAUUUUUAUGAACAUACACAGCAGGUUCUCUAUAUCUUUGUCAUCUUUGUUUUACAACAUUUUUUAUGAGAACCAUAUUUAAAGAGUGAUAUAGUCAUUAUCGUGUUGUUUUUUCCCUUAUCUUGUUCACCAAAAUUAAAUAUAAUAUAAUUCAUACAUAUAGUUAUAGGUUAUAUUUACACUUAUAAUAUUUGAAGCAUAUUUAUACAUGAAAUAAUAGCAUUGUGUGUUCUGGUAAUAUAAUUAUAUUGAGCUAGUCAUCAAUAGUGUGUAACCACUCUCACAUUAGGUACAGGAAAUUAAAAGGUAUUUUGUCAUACAGAGAUUCGACGCACGCAAGUGCACGGGACAAUAUAUUUCAAGCUUAAUCGAAAAAUUAUAACAACGAACAUCGUUCAAUAAUAAUGCUAAUGGGGCUAGCUGCCCCUCAGUGUCGCUGGGCAUAUCCUUUGCCAUGGUAAUAUUGCGGGGAGGGAUUAAAUUAUUCGUGCAAAAGAUGUUGUAUGUCUCGACACAUGCAACAAAGGGUGUGAUUGGGGGGUUUACGUUGCCGGAUGAACAUUCGUGCGUCUGUUGGCAAAACGAUGCUGCCGGAUAUAGAUAAACGUUUCCGCUCACCGUUAGAACUUUAGAAGUAUGAAGUAAUGCGUUUCGUAUUUAGAAAGGAUCCCUUUUUACGAUUUAAAGAGAAUAUCGAGAAAAAAUAUACGGAGUUAUAAUAAUGUAUAUAUUUUAUGUGUAAAUAACUAGCUAAAAAGAAAAAGAAAAAAGUCAUCGUGAAUUAUUAUAUCAUAAUAAAUAUUCUAUUAAAUCGAAUACGAUACUUUCAUUUCAAUAUUCUACGUCAAAUUUAUUCACAACAAAUACAUAAUAUUAAUUCUUAUCUCAAACCCCCGUUCCUUUAUUUACCAACUAUAUCCAAUUAUUUUAGUACUAUUGUGUUGAAUUUAAAAAUAUCAAAUCGAUGAACUCAAUCAAAAUGAACAAGCUCGUUUAUAAUUGUAAUAUAUUUAUAAGAUAAUCAUAAAUAACAGUGUAAUAAUAAAUUAAUAUGAAUUUAGCAUAUUAAACAGUUUGCUACAGUUGAUGAAUAUAUAUUAUGCAUAUAUAGGUAUUUGAAUAUAUGUUUCUUUAUAUCAUUGAAGUGCCUAUAAGAUACUAAUUUUAGUAAUUAUUUCAUAAAUCUUAAUUGUAUGUAAUAUAGUAUUCUGCGAUAUAAUGAUAGAAUAGUAUUUAAAAAUUCAAGCACACCUAUUAUUAUAGAGAAUAAAUAAUUCGGUUUACCAAUUAUAUUUUAAGAUCUCAGAAAAUGCAUAUUAUAUUGUACAGUUCCUGGCGUUCAUAGAUUUAUAUUUAUUUACUUAAAUGUUUUAAACUAGGUAACAAAAUUAUGGUACAUACAAAAAAUCAUAAUUGUAUCAAUAUAUUAAAUUGAUUGUGUAUAUAUUAAAUAAGACAAUGAUUUAAAUUAUCUAUUUGUUAUCCAUUCAUUAUAAGUUAUAAGUGUUCUAACAUUAAUAACUAAUUAUAAGGGUCAGCUGAUAAUCCUUAAAAAUAAUUGCUCCUCUGUGUUGAGUCAUUAUAAAAAUAUCAUUGAAUGUGUUCAUAGUUAUUAAUCGUAUUUAAUGUAAAAUAAUAAUUACUCAUGCUAACGUUCUAGGAUUAAUUUUGAAUCUAGUUAAUAGCUAUUCAAAUAAUGUAUAUUUAUUAUAAGUGUUCUAAAUAUUCAAGACGAAGGAAUAGUUGGUAUUAUAUUAUAUUUAUUAUACUUUUUAAACUCAAUGUUGUUUAGUUUUAUCAUUUAAGGAAUGAAGGUUGAAGAAUUAUUUGUUACCAUGUCUUCAUACUCGUAGUAUUCAUAUAGAAUACUAUGCGUGUAGAAUCUGUAGAGUAUAUUAAAAAAAAUAAAAAUAAAUACAGUUUUAUCAUAUUAAUUUUUAAUAAAAAAUGUGUGGCAAAUAUAUUAAAUUUAUGUAAUUAGAGAUUACUAUAAUCUGUGUGGUGGCGUAGUGAAUGAUGAUGUAAAGUAAUGUUUUUUCGUGGUUUUUAUUAUUAUUCACCUAUAAGCCAACUCAGUUCACGCUCAGUUAUAGAUAUAAUUAAGCAUUAUAUAGUUAGAUUUGAAAUGUUGUAGACUUGGACAUGGUAAAUUUGGCUUGAACAGGUUUAACACAUUUAUAAUCUUAAAUUUACUUUGGAUAUCGUAACAAAAGGAUAUUUUAUAUUUUUAUUAUUAUCUCAUUCAUUACUGUACAGUCUGUGUGUAUUAGUAUUCUUCUUCCUCCAAUCAUUAUAAAUGUUCCAGUCAUGAGCAUUACUGGGUAAUUGUUGGCUGAUGGCAGAUCUUAAUUAAUGGAACAUUGAACGAGAUAAACGGAGAGAAAUAAAAAUUGCAAGAUCCGUUAUUUUUUUUUUUUUUAUUAGGAACCGGUUUCGCGAGAGAUUCGUUGUGAACCGGACGGCCACUGAACUCCGUGUCCGUGCAUACAACGUUGCCGGAAAUACGAUUCGUUCUAUUUUCGAUGUGUAUGUAUUCUACUAGAUUUUUUUAAACGUAUCUUGAGUUCGACGAACUAUCAGUUAUAAGAAAAGUUCAAUGAUUGUCAAUUGUUACCAUCUCGUAAUCUGCAGUUUUAUAGACGUCCAAAGUUAAAUUAAAGGAAAAUGAACCAAUUACAAUAGUAUAUAAAAUACACAUAAAAAUAUAAGUUGCUAGAAGAUGACUAUGCUAUUAGAGAAAGCGAAGUUUUCUUUAGUAUAGUUAAAAAUCAAUGUUAUUUUUUUAAAUGUCUUUCCUUCUCAUCUCGUUAACACAAUAGAAACUGAAAGAAAACCUUUCUUAAGAAGUAAUCGAUAUUCCUCGAGAUAUUUGUACACACACACACAUACGCACACACACACUCUGUUUUUAUCCUCUCAAGACUAAAAAUAUUGUCAAAUUUCAGUGUUUUAUACAAUAACAGUUAACAUUUGAAAAUUUCACAAAAUGUUGGUUUCUAAUUUCGCUAUUUUUGUACGUAAAAAAUUAAUUAGGCAAAAUACGAAAAGGAUAUUCAUGGUUAAUAAAAUAAUAAUUAUUUAAACAAUUAUUGUUUGUUUAAGUUUAUAAACAAAUUAAGAACACAUUAAUAUGCUAUUUAUAUUGUUAAAUCCAAAGGUUGAAGUUAAUUUUUUUUAAUUUAUAAUAAAAUGCCAAGUAUAUUAAGACCGUUUUUACAGAUUUAUAUAUAAAAAUGAUACGAACAUUCCAUUUUUAUCUGACAGGAUAUGUUUAAUAUUGUAUAUUUAGUGAUAAUGGUUUCCCAUUUCAAGUCAUUAUCAUGGAUGUACGCUGAUGCAUCAUUUUUUUUUAUCAGUUCUUUUGUUGACACAUGUGUCUAUCUAUGGUAUUAUGAUUAUUCUUUAUAGUAACCUUCAUUCUGUUAUAUUUAUUGUAAAAUAAUAUUUUAGUUGUCUAUAGUUAUUUAUUCUGUAUAAAUUGUGUUUUAACGACUUUACUUUCGUAGUAUCUAUAGAUAGUCUACUUAUACGAUUUGGAAUGUGUAUUUUAUUUUGAUUAGCGUACGAAUUUUUCACGUUAAUAGAAAGUUUAUUAUUUUUUUUUUAUAUAAAUAAUAGUGUUUAAUCUAUUUCUAUUGAAAAUUAUUCAAAGAUUACUACUACAUUGGGGGUAUUACGUUAUAGAUACAGUUAGGUUAGAAUAACGACAUAUAUAUUAUGUAUAGUAAAUACUAUAUUUUAGUUCAUUAAACAGAACUUUUUUAGUUACAAAGUUAUAAAUCUUAAUUAUCUCGUGAAAUAUUUAUGAUUAAUAUUAAUUACGUUGUCAUUUAUUAUGUUAAGCAAUAUGUAUGUAUCAUGCUGAUAUAAAUAUAUCUAUCAAUAUAUUAUCAAUAUCAAUAUAUAUUCAUAAAAUUUUCGUGAUGUAUCAUAUUGAUAUUUUUAUAGUGUUUUGUUGAUUAAAAAGUACAUUUAUACUUUUACUUUAUCAUAUUAUCUAAAAUAUUCUGCGUUUCUGUAUUUAUUUUACUCUGUACACUUUGGUGUAUUAUUUGGAGUGUAUUUCAUUUCAUUAUUCAUAUUACAUAUAAUAAAUAUAAUAUAGAAAAAGUAGCUGUAUGUGGACUUAAUAAAUGUUUAUUAAUAUUUAUUGUAAAACAUAUUUACCUUUUUUUAUUUUGUACUACGGAUUAAUGCAUUACAUUACAUAUUAGCAAAGAUUAUCAGAUGUCUAAUUUUUUUUUUUAUUGCUUUUUGUCAAACACCCUACUAUGUCUUGUAUUUAGAAGUCAGUGACAUAAUGACAUUUUAAUAAUAACUUGAACCCGAGCCGUUGUGGUUUUGUUUGCAUUGGGGUGCUUGUUGUUUUAUACAGUAAAAUACAGUCGAAAAUGGUAGAGGACUGGAGGUAGUUGCUUUUCAAAAGCAAUUUUGUGGUAUGUGUACUUGGUGAGAGCGUAGUAGUGUAGAACUAUUAACGUUAUUCUCCCAGUAUAGAGAGACAGGCGCACAACUUUUAGACGAAUAUUGUAUUAUGUGUCUAGUCUUUAGGACUUUGUUUUAUCACGGACGUAAUCAAUUUGAAGUAGUCUACGUUUAGUCUGUAUGAUAAAAUUAAAUUGAAAAAUAUUGAUUUAUUUGCUAAAUAAAAUACUUUGUUAAGUAUAUGAUCUAUAAAAUACGGGAAUAUAAUAUAUAAUGUAAUGUUUUAAUUUUUGUAUUAUGUUAUUAUUAUAUAUAUAACCAUUAGACUGCUAUGUUUAUCAUUAAUAGUAUAAUGAAUUGGAAUACAUACAAUUAUUAAAUUCCAUUAAUUAAACAGUAAUUGGUGUAUAUAAAAAACAACUAUACCUAGCUUACUUUUUAA